AGCCUUCACAAACAGAAUGACAUUUCCAGUGUGUGUUUAUUUUCUUUUUCCUUGCAAAGUUGAGACUAAAAUCAGAAAAAGAAGAACGCAUGAAGAAUGCUGCUUAUAACCUUGGUGUCGCAGAUGCUAUAAAAUCACAGAGGAAUCCGAAAUGCCACUUUUCUAAUCCAUAUUACUUUGCGAACCGACCAGCAAGUGCUGCUAUUGUCACUGAAAAGAAAAAUGAGUAUACUAAGAACCUUCUCAAACAAAUAGAUGCCAAUAGUAAACUGGCCAAGAAAAAGAAAGAAAAUCAGAAAGUCUUGGAGCAACUAGAACGGCUUCAACUCAAACAAGAGUGA